AUGGCUAGCUCCCGCUUUGGAUCGCAUGCUGCUCUCUGCGGGACCUGUGCCUUACUCGUGGACUACGUGCUCACUUAUGACCCUGAGCUGGCGCUGCUGAUCAUGGUGAUAAAUAAGCUUCAUUUUCUUGGCGGCUUGUCCUUGCUGCCCAUUGGGGACGCCCGGCCCCUGCGCCUAAAUCACGCCCAGGGCCAGGCCGUCAACGCUGCCGCUCGUGGCGCCCUCACUCGACGGUACUCGAAAGUCCCAGCGCCACACUCAAGGGCAUCGUUGGUUCCUGAUUCUUCAAAAAAGAGCCAACCCGAGCGUGACCCCCCAACGUUGGCCAACAACGAAGUAGACGAGAGCAAUACCCAAGACGACGUGCUGUAUGCACUCACAGCGGUCAUGGGCACCUAUGUCGGGUCCGCUUCCUCACCGCUUCAUGCUCAGCACGGCUCAGUCGCCGGCCCAUCCAACUUGACGCCAGCAGAAAAUCUGAGCGACACUCAAGCUGCUGUACAGGAUGCAUUAGACGUGCUUCAUGAACGCGAGGACGCGCGCCGAGCAGCGGCGCCUCAGACGGCCCAGCCCUGCCGUGGCAACUAUCUCAGCAACAAGAAACCAAUCAUCUCUGCGUCUCACACUGGGUACAACGAGCCAACACGUCCACUCCCGGACCCGCAGCAAUGGCCUCGCUUCCCGGUGAUAAACGGUGAUAUGUACCAGAUGCUUUCAACCGCCAAUCACUCAGGAUGUUGA